CAACGACAUGUAAAUACAUUUAACAAUUCAACAUAAUAGUGGAGAGUGAACAUUGUUUGAAUAAUAAUAAACCUAGUCAUGUCUCCUAUUUUAAACUUGUCUUUAUCUUUAAAUGCUAUAGAUUACAAAAGAGGAAAAGUAUGUACUGUAAAGAACACUUUAGGGAAACAUGUUAAACAAUUAGGAUUUGAUCAGGAGCAAGAACAUUGUACCCUUGAUUCCAAGUUCAUCAAAACUGCAGAUUUGGUUGCUUCUUUAGCAUGAUCAAGUUGUUCUUGUGUAACUACAUGAUGUAAAAAAACUCGACCUGUGGGGGGUAAGACAUCCCCGGGCAUUGUAUUAAGAAGAAGACCUUCUCACAUAGGUCGAGAAAACCCCCGAACCCCUGCCCCACCCAUACACGGCGGCAUCGAAGCCCAUGAUGUAAAAGAUGCAGGAAAAAAAGGAAUGUGAAUGAUAGUGGUCAAUCUAGAAUAGUAACAGCAUGUGUGCCACAUGCCUAAAAGCAUAAUGAUUCAAUCACCCAAACACUGCAAAGAACAUCUUGAAACAGUUUUACUUGAGUCGAGUCUACAUGACAUAAUUCACAUGCCAGUACAGAAUAAUAUGAUUCAACGAAUCUUUAAUCUAGUCCAAUAGAAAAUCCAUGAACACGAUAAUGGAAACGAACCUGACGUCAGGGCAAACCCAGUUGCCUUCGUGUCCACCCACGCGCCCGCCACCACCUAUCAUGGUGCCCCCUUGCAUUAUAACAGAAAAAUCAGUCCUCACAUGUCAUGCUGCUUAAAAAUUGCAUAAUUCAUGAAAGUUGCGUAUUGCUAUUUUAGACAUGCUACAUACCACAUGUUGCAAAUGUAGAAGUCAUAAAAAUGACUCACAUGUCUUUUCACUCAUGCUAAGGCCUCGUUUGGUUCCUUUAGUCUAGGAACUAAAGUUUAGUUAGGAGACUAAAAGACUAAACUUUAGUCCCUAUCCUGUUUAGUUCUAGAGACUAAAACUAUUUAAAACACAUUAAAUGAAUCAUAAUAGGACUAAAAUACCCCUUAGCAUUCUCCCGCCAUUAGUGCAACUGAAAUAAAGGAGGGGAAAAGUGGAAUUUAUAUGGUUUAGUCUCUUUUAGUCAUCCCUUGAGGGACUAAAGACUAAAACAGUUUAGUCCCACCGUUUGGCAAUUUAGGGACUAAAUGUGACUACCUCCAACCAAAUGGGUCCAAAGUUAGAUUAUGUUUAACUAACUUAAAUAUCUUUUCACUCAUGCUAAGCCAGAUCCUUUUUAAUUAAACUAAAAUAUUAGUGCUAAUGGAACAUGGCACAGGAACAAUUUGAAAACAGAAAUCUGUAGCAAAAUGUGCCUAUAGAAAUCAGAAUAAGAGAGAUAUCUAGAACUUGAAGACAAAUAAAUAGAAAUAUGGGCACAUGUCAAUAGAUCAAUGCCCUCAUAUGCAAUUGUUCCACUUGUAGAAAGUGAUUUCUCGAUGUUUGAUCUUCCAACCAUUUUUGUCAAUUUUAGAAAUCUUAAAGCUGCCUGACAAGGUAAUACAUUGACCUUUGAAAUGGACAAAUAUACAAACCCAUGUAUGUAUCUCUCAAAGGGCUGCAGAGCAGAACUAAACAAAUCACUACAAUCGAUUUAAACAGGCAAAGAAUAAGAGCCAUGCUCUGCAUCUAGGAAACAAAGAGAAACCAUUCAAAGCACAACGGAUCAUAUUUUUUGUAGUCCAGUAAUAGAUUCUGCAUUUGAUCUACUAUGCCAAACAACUAAUAUGUUUAUGAUUUAGUAGAUAGAAAAUUGCUUGAACAAACGACAUUGGCAAACUAUCAAAUUUUCUAUUUGUAUGCAAACACAUCAGAAAGAGAAGAACCUCUUGAUGACUAAGAGCGGCCCUCCACGUCCUUCCGACUCUGCGUAAAACAUACAAUACGAGCACACAAAUAAGAUCCAACCAGCCAAAUUGUCCACCGCUGCCGUUGUAACCUCCUCCACCAAGGCCCAAGAAAUAACAAAGAUAAAGAAAGGAGGAAGAAUCAACCACUACAAUGAUCUAAAUUCAACGUAAAGAAAAGAAAUGUUGAAGAACAUAUAAAAACACCAAUUUUGUUAUUGUAUCGACUUUUGAGCUGAAUCUGUGGCACAAAUUGUGUUGCAGCACAUACAAGAAAUUUAGUCCUUCAUUAACCUAUGAAAUGUCCAGUGUUAUUAUAUAAAUAUAGGCUACUGUUUCUAAUGGGGGAGAAAUGAAACAGAAUAUGAACAUAAGUUGCAUUGCAUUACAUAGUACCUCAUAGCAAUGUCCCAAAGGCGAACAUCUGCCAAGAAAACACUACUUCAACAACAUAAGUAGAAAAAAAGAGCUCGGUCGAUGGGUUAGUUGCAAAGAGAAUCUGAACACACCUGGCGUACAUAUUACUUGCAUAUUGGGGGGAACCAGAACAUGUUUCUGAUGACGCUUAAAUUGCAUUGUUCAUCUCUCGAACUACGAAAUCCGAAUAAACAAGAGCGCAACGACAAAAAUGCUAAUAUGGCACGCUACAUAGGAAACAAAACUCUAAGGAAUAGAUCCGUUUGAUUUCCCUGUUCGAUGCGACUGGUGGGGCAAGGUGAUGAGUAGCUACCUGAUGAAGGUCACGGCGGGUCGAUGAAGUAGGUGAACUUGGGGAUCUUGGCCCAGCAAUGUACUCCUAGCAGGAGCAGACGCUGAUGGAUGCAGCAUGGACGGACUCGAGGACAACAUUGCAGGCAACGUACUGCUAUGCGCACCAGAGGUGUACGCGCGCGGGGGGAGGGGGCAUCACGUCGGGGACAUCGCGAGCGUGGACAAGGGAGCGUCGAGCGGCCAUCACGAUGAUGCCAGGCCUUGUAGGCGGCCUCAACGACAAAGCGGCGGAAGGAGAAGGUGAGGCACACCUGUAGUUGACCCGGACGUGGUCGCUCUUGUUGCAGAGCUUGUAGCCUUGUAGAGGUGAAGCAGCUGCCGGAGCCCAAACGAGAAAAGGAAGAAGAAACAAAUGGAAUCUAGAAAAGCAAGAAUACUGACAGCACAACGCAUGCCUCAAGGAAGGAGAAGCAGCAGAAGAAAGAACCCGCUACGCUAGGGAUCUCAUCUCAGACGACCAUGGCGAAGCAAGUGAGCGUGAGCCCACCGUCGGGGCCGGCGGUGGCGGCGGUCCCCGCGAGUGCGCUGAGGAGGCGGCGGAACGCGACCACGGGGAAGGGGAUGUGGAGUAGGUCCCGACGCGCAUACCUGUACUCCUGCGCGGCGCGGCGGAGUAGCUCGACGAUGGGCGGGCGGCCCAGCAGCUCCACAGGGACGAUGAACCGCUGCGUAUCCUCCCCCUCUGCGCCGACCACCACAGGCACGUGCUCUGAUGGAACCUUCCCGCAUGUGGGCCCCGGCAACGCCGGCACUGGCUUCACCAUGGCGCCCGACGCCACCCUACACACCCCCGUGGACACGCACCAGAGCAGUGCAGGUCUGCAUUGAGGAGGCAGCAGUGCAGGUUUGCAGCGACAGGACGAGGCAGAGAGGUGAGGCGCAACACAACGCGGGCGGGGAGGGAGGAAAGCGGGCGGCGGGGGCGAGGAUGGUGUCGCCGAUGGAAGGGGACCGCGGGGAGCGGGGCGAGGAUGGCGGGGGCGCACGUAGGAUUCGUGAAUGGUGCCUUCCAUCUGCAGAGAACGCGGCGGGGGCGAGGAUGUCGA